UCCUGCAGCUCGCGCACACUCGCAGCUCCAGGAGAGAGAGAGAGAGGGAGAGAGAAAGAGAGAGAGAGAGAGAGAGAGAGAGGGGACGGGAAACGGGGGGCGCGCGCAAGGAUCGACAGCAGCAGAAAAAGAAAAAAACCCAACCCCUGAGUACCGUGGUGUAUUCGGUGUGGUCCUGAGCCCCGUGGAAAAAGACCGCAUUGUCGCGGGCAGCCAAACGGGGAAAGAGGCAGCGGCAGCCGCAGCGGCAGCCACCGCUUCCCCCCCGAGAGGACGCGCAAACAUCGCGGUACCGCGAGGUCGAAGGCGAGGAGCUUAUCACAGCGAGAGGGAGAGAGAGGGAGCCGCGACGGGCUGGACUCAGGAGCGCCGAUCCCGGAUGGCUAGGCGCGGCUGCUCGCGCCCUCUCCCCCCCUGACCCCGGCACAGACGCGCACACGGACCGCGAGGUUGGCUGCUCCACAACACGGCACGCAGCGCAGCGCAGCGCAGCGCAGCGCAGGGCUUUCUACCUCGUCAACCCACCCGGGAGCCCGUUAACCUGCAACCGACCAACCGACCAACCUCCCUCCGCCUCCGCCUCCUCCACCUCCCCCGCCCAGACGUCUAUAUCCCGGCCUGUUUCCUGCGCACGGGACGGGACCGUCAACCAACCAGGCGGCGUCCAGACAGCGACCUGUGAAGGGGUGUGAGUCUGCGUUGUUACUGCGCCUUUCAGCCCACCAGGGACCCAUCAGCUGUGUGUGUGUGUGUGUGUUUGUGUGUGUGUGGAUAACACAGUGUUCUGAUAUGGCUGUACUGGACUGAGAGCCUAAGGAGCCAGCGGCAUUAUGGGAUGUAGCAGGACUGUGCAGUGACCCCGCUCAUUGGAAGGAAACACUCUUGUGUACAGGAGCAGGAACAGGCUGACCAGCCUCAACACACACACACACACACACACACACACACACACACACACACACACACACACACACACACACAUCCCGCCUGUAGCCAUGCCUGUGUUCAGUGGCCUGUUGAAGGUGCGAGUGUGCGAGGCGGUGGACCUGAAGCCCACCCCCUGGGCCCUGCGCCACGCCGUGGGGAAGAGCGGCUCCUUCCUGCUGGACCCCUACCUGGCCCUGAACCUGGACCAUACCCGGCUGGGCCAGACCGCCACCAGGACCAAGACCAACAGCCCCGCUUGGCACCAGGAGUUCUGCACCGAGGUGCGCGAGGGACGGAGCCUGGAGCUGUCCGUCUUCCACGACGCGCCCAUCGGAUACGACGACUUCGUGGCAAACUGCACCAUCCAGCUGGAGGACCUGCUGCAGAACGGAACCAGGCACUAUGAGGACUGGAUUGACUUGGAACCGGAGGGGAAGGUGUACGUGGUCAUUGAUCUGUCUGGAUCCUCCACAGAGGCCUCAGGCACCAAUGACAACGAGGAGCGCGUGUUUCGAGAGAGGAUCGGCCCUCGCCGACGACAGGGCGCCGUCCGAAGACGCGUCCAUCAAGUCAAUGGACACAAGUUCAUGGCCACCUACCUGCGACAACCGACCUACUGCUCACAUUGCAGAGAUUUCAUCUGGGGCGUGCUGGGGAAGCAGGGAUACCAGUGUCAGGUGUGUACGUGUGUCGUCCACAAGCGCUGUCAUGAGCUCAUCAUCACAAAGUGUGCCGGCAUGAAGAAGCAGGAGGACACGCCAGACGAGGUGGGUUCACAGCGGUUCAGUGUUAACAUGCCCCACAAGUUCAGCAUCCACAACUACAAGGUCCCCACAUUCUGUGACCACUGCGGCUCGCUGCUCUGGGGCCUCAUGAGGCAGGGCCUGCAGUGCAAAGUGUGUAAGAUGAACGUGCACCGGCGGUGUGAGUCCAAUGUAGCUCCGAACUGCGGCGUGGACGCCCGCGGAAUCGCUAAGGUCCUGUCUGACCUGGGAGUCACGCCUGACAAGAUCUCCAACACCGCGCAGCGCAGGAGGAAGUUGACUCCAGGGCAGGACCCUCCCCAGUCUCCUCCUGAGCUCUCUCAGACCGAGAACAGCUUCAGCCAGCCAGCUGUCCCCACCUCCCCCUCACAGCAGGACUUGGCAGAGUUAGAACGCCUGCAGGACGCGCUGUCGCUCGACCAGCAGGGACCCCAACACUCCUCCUCCUCCUCCUCUUCCUCCUCCUCCACCACCUCCUCGUCCUCGUCCUCGUCCUCGGCAGGCAGGGAGAACGGACAGAGCCAGCGGAGGACCCUCAAGGACUUCAACUUCAUCAAGGUCCUCGGCAAAGGCAGCUUCGGCAAGGUGAUGUUGGCGGAGCUGAAGGGGACGGAGGAGGUUUACGCCGUCAAAGUGUUGAAGAAGGACGUGAUCCUGCAGGACGAUGACGUGGACUGCACCAUGACCGAGAAGCGCAUCCUGGCCCUCGCCCGUCGACACCCCUACCUCACCCAGCUCUACUGCUGCUUCCAGACACGGGACCGUUUGUUCUUUGUGAUGGAAUAUGUGAACGGAGGAGACCUGAUGUUCCAGAUUCAGCGAUCCAGGAAGUUCGAUGAGCCUCGCUCCCGUUUCUACGCCGCUGAAGUCACCUCAGCGCUCAUGUUCCUGCAUCGCAACGGUGUCAUCUACAGGGAUCUGAAGCUGGACAACAUCCUGCUGGAUGCUGAGGGACACUGUAAGCUGGCAGACUUCGGCAUGUGCAAGGAGGGCAUCAUGAACGGAGUGACCACCACCACCUUCUGCGGCACGCCCGACUACAUCGCGCCGGAGAUCCUGCAGGAGCUGGAGUACGGAGCCUCCGUGGACUGGUGGGCCCUGGGGGUGCUGAUGUAUGAGAUGAUGGCCGGACAGCCGCCGUUCGAAGCUGACAACGAAGACGACCUGUUCGAGUCCAUUCUCCAUGACGACGUCCUGUACCCCGUGUGGCUCAGCAAAGAGGCCGUUUCCAUCCUGCGAGCGUUCAUGACCAAGAAUCCGACCAAGCGUCUGGGCUGCGUGGUGAGCCAGGGCUGCGAGGAGGCCAUCAAGACCCAUCCCUUCUUCAGAGAGAUCGACUGGCUCCUGCUGGAGCAGAGAAAAGUCAAACCACCCUUUAAACCCCGAAUUAAAACCAAGCGAGAUGUGAAUAACUUUGACCAGGACUUCACUAAGGAGGACCCCGUGUUGACGCCCACAGAGGAGGCCAUCAUCCGACAGAUUAACCAGGAUGAGUUCAAGGACUUCUCCUACUGCGCCCCCGAGGAGACACACACCUAACACACACACACGCACACGCGCACACGCAAUGCAUAAAUGCAUACACACACACACCCAACAACAUUAAACCUGGCACGCACACAUGCAGACACUCACAUAAAUCCCUUUACAAGACACAAACACACACGCACGCACAAACGCGAUCACUCCUUUACUUAUUAGCUAUUGGUUGUUGUUACUCCUGGAACAUUCUUUACUUGCAUCGUGUCGUCCUCGUCGCCUGGGUUUGUGAUGAGACAUGAAUAUGAAUACACGCACCUCGCGCACAUUCCCGUGUGCACACUUUUAGCGAAGAAUCACACGCACUACAAUCGUUUUUUGUUUUUUUUAGCAAGCUCUCCGCAUACACUGCCGUCUCAAUGCAUAUGCUCAGACAACCAGACACAUGCACACACAUACACACACACACACACACACACAGAAAUAUACACACAAUUACACUGCGUCUCUCCCCAGCACCUGUACACAUGUGGACUGUGGGUGCUGGGUGCGGAGGCCUGUAUAUAGCCUGUGUUGAGUGGCUGUAUUGUGUUGGUAUUGUCUGCUAGUACAGGAGAGUGGUGGCGCAUGGACAAGCACCCUACCUGUGUUAUUACUGUCCUUAAUGUGGACCAGUUAGGGCCAAAAUACCCUUUGUGCAAUACCCUGACUAUCUAUAUAUAUAUAUAUAUAUAUAUAUAUUUUAUGGUUUUGUUUGUUCAUGUGUAAUUUUUGUCUCUUUUUUUUUGUUGUUUUCCUCAAAAUGUUUUUGUGUGUGUGUGUGUGUGUGUGUGUGUGUGUGCGUGUGUUGGUUGGAUUGCCGUAUGAUUGGAGUUUUGCAUCUCCCCUGUCCUCUGUCCUUUUUCUUGUGUGUACAAAGUGAAUGUCGAGCUUCUACGAGUUACAGGCUAUUGAACUAAUUAUAUGUGGAGCAGAGUGUUACGGGUGGCCUGUGUAGCGGUGAAGAAACCGGGUUUUUCAGCUGUUUUCAUCCAUCUGCUAUAGCGUCAGAGUCCACAUCCCUCCUGCCGGCGAGAAUGUGCUGGCCCGUGGGCGUAUAUAUUAUUUUUUUCCCCUGUGAAUGUACAUUUUUGUGUGUGAAUGCAUGAUAAUUUUUUUUUCCUGUCGGUGUUUGACUUUUUGUCCUCAGCAUUUCUGUUUCUAUAGUUACCAUCAGUGUUUUCAGCCCCCCCCCCCAAAAAGCACCAAUUCCCCUUUCCCAUCCUCUAGCAGCUGUGUCACGCAGCCAAAACCACUUGCUUUUUCUGACUUUUGCUUUUUUCAAGAAUGGCUUUUCUUUCUUAUGCCUCUCUCUCUUUUAUAUUAUUAUUAUUAUUAUUAUUAUUAUUAUUAUUAUUGUAAAGUGUAUCUGGAGGAAACCUUUGUGUAUAAUACUAUAACUCUACUAUUAUAGGUCUGUUACAGCCGGGUGAAAAGAAAUGUGGAGAACCAGCAGCUGAAUUACCUCUCAUUUCAAACGCAUACACAAAAUACACAAAUCAAACCACCAGAUACAGACUCUCUCCUUUGCCUCCUCCCUCCUCUUCUCCUCACUCUCUUUCUGACACACACACACACACACACACACACACACACACACACACACACACACACACAGAGAAGGACUGUUGUCGCGUGCACUGUACAGUGAUCUGAAGGGCGAGCUGGUUGCUCCGUGUGCAGUAGAGUCGGUGUGUAGUGAAGCUUCGUGCACCCAGGGGUAGGGCUGUUCCUGGUCACACUUCUAUCUUACUCUGUGCCAAAAUGUAGUGCAACAGCCGGGCUAGUCCUGUCUGGUCUGAUUCCAAUAAAACACUGAGCUGUCUACAUCA